AUGGCCAAGGCAGCCGAGCUUGGGCCCAGUGAGCUGCAGGAGGACGCAGGGACCACAGGGCUGUCACAGGCACUGACGGAGCAGGGUUUCCCUCCUGGUGGUGCUGACCUGUCUGACUGCCGAGAGCUGAUCAGAAGCGCCACCUCCCUGUCUGCCGAGCCUGAGGCCGAGUCUGUUCUGGAUGGAGCGGGGCCUUGGAGUGGAGACUUGAGCCCCUGCGUGUCACAGGUGCAAGCUGCAAACACACAGCUGCAGCCAAGCGCCCUGGUGACUGACUGUCUGCAGCUCCAGCUGGACCAGCAGUGGGGUCGUGGCUGUGGCUUUGCCACAUGGAGCCUCCCCUGCGACCCCUGGAUCCUCGCAGCCAGCGCUGACUCUGGGCACCAGUGGCUGCUCCUCCCAGUUCGUGGAUUCCCAGGAGCCCAGCCAAGACUCCCCGCACUGGCCCAGACGGUCUCUCCCCUGCUCGCUGGCCCGAGUGUCCUGAAACCGAGGAUGAGCGAGAGAAAGUUGCUGUUCAGCAAGUGGAGAGUCACGUGCAGUUUCUCAGGCCUGCAGCUGCGGGUGCAGAGAUACCAAGUACUGCUGGAACUGUGAAAAAACUAAAAGUGUUUCAGAAAAAGUACCAUUUCUACCUGAAAAAAAAAAAAACUAUAACAGUUGA